AUGGAAGAGGAUAAGGCGUCGUACGUCGAACAAGCAAAAUUAUCUGAGCAAGCCGAGCGCUACGAAGACAUGGUCGAAGCGAUGAAAAAAGUGACGAGCUUCAACGAAGAUCUCUCCACGGAAGAGCGAAAUUUAUUGUCGGUUGCCUACAAGAAUGUUGUCGGUUCAAGGCGAUCAGCAUGGCGAGUCAUACAUAGUCUUGUAAAUAAGAAAGGGAAUGAGAAUGAUAAGGAACUGAGGGAAAGUUAUUUGGAAAAAAUCGAGGGAGAAUUGUCUACGUUAUGCAACGAAGUGUUGACAUUGCUCGAUGACGCUCUCAUUCCGAACGCGAAACGAGGUGAAAAUCACGAAUCCGUUGUGUUUUAUUUGAAAAUGAAGGGAGAUUAUUACCGAUACCUUGUUGAAGCUAACCAUGACAAGGCGGUGAAUCAAGCAAAUUCGAAAAAAGCUUACGAAGAUGCCACUGCCCUUAGUGCAGACCAAUUGUCCACAACUCAUCCAAUUCGACUUGGUUUGGCGCUCAAUUUCUCUGUAUUUUAUUACGAAAUCGAGGCAAACACAGCUGAAGCUUGCAAGUUGGCCAAAGAAGCAUUCGAUUCGGCCAUUACCGAGUUAGAUCAAGUCCAAGAGGACAUGUACAAAGACAGUACACUAAUUAUGCAACUACUACGAGAUAAUUUAACGCUUUGGCAGACUAGUAAUGAACAAGACGACGAAGAACAACCGAAAGGCGAUGCACAGUGA